CGGCCGGGCUGAGCGAAUGCAGGCGCCGAGCGAGCUGGGAGCGAUUUAAAACGCUUUGGAUUCCCGGGGCCUGGGUGGGGAGAGCGAGCUGGGUGCCCCCUGUAUCCCCCACCCCCAGCACCCCAUGAGCCGACCCUCGGCCCCAUGGAGCCCGGCAAUUAUGCCACCUUGGACGGGGCCAAGGAAAUCGAAGGCUUGCUGGGAGCCGGAGGGAGUCGGAAUCUGGUCGCCCACUCCCCACUGACCAGCCACCCAGCGGCGGCGCCUACGCUUAUGCCCGCUGUCAACUACGCCCCCCUGGAUCUGCCAGGCUCUGCGGAACCACCAAAGCAGUGCCACCCAUGCCCCGGGGUGCCCCAGGGGGCGUCCCCAGCUCCGGUGCCCUACGGCUACUUUGGAGGCGGGUACUACUCCUGCCGAGUGUCCCGGAGCUCGCUGAAACCCUGUGCCCAGGCGGCCACCCUGGCUGCCUACCCUGCGGAGACUCCUGCGGCCGGGGAGGAGUACCCCAGCCGCCCCACCGAGUUUGCCUUCUACCCGGGGUACCCGGGACCCUACCAGCCUAUGGCCAGUUACCUGGAUGUGUCGGUGGUGCAGACCUUGGGUGCCCCUGGGGAGCCUCGCCAUGACUCCCUGCUGCCUGUGGACAGUUACCAGCCCUGGGCCCUCACCGGUGGCUGGAACAGCCAGAUGUGUUGCCAGGGAGAACAAAACCCACCGGGUCCCUUCUGGAAGGCGGCAUUUGCAGACUCGAGCGCGCAGCACCCUCCAGACGGCUGCGCCUUCCGCCGCGGCCGCAAGAAACGCAUUCCCUACAGCAAGGGGCAGCUGCGGGAGCUGGAGCGCGAGUAUUCGGCUAACAAGUUCAUCACAAAAGACAAGAGGCGCAAGAUCUCGGCGGCCACCAGCCUCUCAGAGCGCCAGAUCACCAUCUGGUUUCAGAAUCGCCGGGUCAAGGAGAAGAAAGUCCUCGCCAAGGUCAAAACCAGCGGUAUUCCUUGAGGGAGCUCCCUGGCUGUGCCUGGGGAGGGGGGAGGAGGAAGUCGGAGUAUCCUGGGGAGACCAGGAGCCUGCCACAGCCAGGCUGGGGCCCAGGACUCUGCUGAGAGGCCCCCAGAGGUGACACUCUUCCCAGACCAAUGCUCCUGGGCUGUUCCUCAGGGACAGCUUGGGUACCCCAUUGGUCCCAGAGAGCCAGCGAGGCCCAGAGUUACAGCCCAGUCCACCAGGUAACAUCACCCAAAGGACCUUGUCCCAGUCAUAAUCAUUCAUCCUGGCAAUGGCAAUAAUCACCAUAACCAGUAAUAGUUGCCAUGAUAAUUAGUAUCAUACUUUCUAUCUAGAGCUCUGUAGAGCACUUUAGAAACUGCUUUCAUGGAUUGAGCUGAUUACGAAUAAACUUGGAA